UCCAAUGACCCCCGCGAGAGAUUUAUCAAUWAUUUAUGACUGUAUGAUUUUGCAGUUUGUGUAGCCACGUUGUAAUCAUCUCAAGAAAUACUACCUUUUCUUCGGGUAUUUCUACAAAGAGSCYUUUUAUUUACUUCUAAAGCAAAACGUGAGGARACUAAGGGAAUUUGACAAUGAGUCAUUAUUGACAGACCGGAUUUGAAAAAGUGGGAAAAAGCAACUCUUCAAGGGAGAGGAAUUUCGUGAUAUUAUUCUUAAGAACACAAUGCCGUCGCUUCGUCGAUGACUAYAUUAACUGAAUUUACACACAAUUCAAUUCAGAGCUCCGCCGUUUACUUGAGAACCUUAUUGAAAGGCUGAACAAGUUGAUUUGAUGAGUUUGAGGGAAGUAAAUUAUUUAAAAUGGCUCAAAGAUCAUCACUCAAGAAGAAUUUUACGUCCAAACCAGCUUGACGAUUCUGGCCUGUCUCAGGUCCAUCACUGCGCGUACAGAGGSUUUCUCUCCUGUCUAAAAUGGCUCGCAAAACACGGUGGUAGCCUAGCUUCGAGUUCAGCGGAGGGUUCUUCAGCAGCGCACUAUGCCGCAGCCGGCGGCCAUCUUGAAGUUCUACAAUGGGUCUACAGGAGAUCAUCGAGAUCAGUGGUUUUCAGGGAUCACAAUGGAGCGACUCCUCUUUAUUUUGCUGCUCAAGAGGGUCACCUCGACUGUCUUGAAUGGCUGGCUAAAAGAACAGCUACAGUCCACAGUGAAGCAUCUAUCGAUGGGAUGACCGCUGCACAUGCAGCGGCUCAAGAAGGCCAUCUUGACUGCCUGGCCUUCCUUAUUCAGUGUGCUGGCUGUAGUGGACUGGCACGAGAUAAAUCUGGAUGUACCCCAAUGCAUUAUGCUGCCGCUGGAGGCCACCGGUCAUGCGUCAACUGGCUUGCCCUACAUGGYUGGGGAACUGGUAACGAGAGAAGCAAAACUGGAUCCAGUCCUUUACAUGUUGCAGCAGAGCACGGCCAUCUAGAAGUUGUGAAACUGCUCAUGAGAUUUGGUGCUAAGGCAGACUUGUAUGAUCGUCAUGGGAGGACUGCGUACGACAUUGCCGUGGAGACUGGAAACGAAGCAUGUGCUCAAUUUCUACUGCAGGCGACCCACAAGACGCUUAAUGGGAUGGUUGCCAAUAUCUUCGUCCACCAAUCAAGUCUAAAAAGAGUUCGGUUUGAAAGAAAGGCUAUCGAGAAAGGAAUACGAGACAGUAACCCCAACCUCAGCGAAUCACAAACYCUUGAAGCUGUCAAUCAAUCCGUCAAAGACAACCAAGAUCGACUAGAGAGRUCUCGUAGCAUGGUAUAUCCUUCAUACGAAGCGUAYCGYCAAUCGGAACGUGGACUUCRAAUCAGAACAUAUUCYUCAAAYGCUUUGAACAAUAACCGAGUCAGCUUGACAAACUAUUUAAGUAAUUUCGACAGCUCUCUYACACCUUCAUUCGACAAUUAUCAACGGAACGGCUACAAUAGACCAGCGUCUUCGGCAACGAGGGGACAUCGACCGCUACAACGAACAAACUCGGCACCUGUGCAGAAAGUUUCAUCGGAAGCUGUCGGGGGUCCGUCGGGCAGGGGAGCCGGCGUGUCGAGAACGCAGUCGAUGAGACCGUCGAUGUUUUCCGGGAGGUCGUUGAGAAUCGGAACAUCAUCGCGAAAUCAAUACGAGGUGAACAGCAACGACACCACACCCUUCCGWACAAAUGUGUCGUCCAUCUUGACUGCCUUGAAAACUAAAGCAACCAAACCAAGGGAAACUCCACCAACAGAAGCAGAACCGUACAAUGCAAAAGACUUAAUAUCAUUUCCWGUUGAAACUAACGAUCUCAACAUCUUUCGUCGUCUCUACCGUAUGUCGAAACGUAAACUUACACGUACCACAAGCCUGUCAAUCAACGAUGAAGAAUACAUCGCCAAACCCAAAGACACUUCAGACAAAUUCCUCGUUACCGGAAGUGACGAUUUCAUCCCCGGAAAUCCACAUCAUAGUCCCACUGCGGAAAUKACGUCAGAGGUGGAACAACCAAUAGCAAAUGGUCAUGCAUAUGGAACAAUUCCUGACAAAGGAGAUGGACCUGAGAGAGAAAAGCGAGAAAUUAUCUCUUUUCAGAGAUCAAGGCCUCUGUCGACUGAAUUUACUCUUGAAAAUAUUCGUACUAAAAUGCGGGAUAAUGCGCUUAUUUGGUAGUAUAUGUCCUAAUAUGGUAUAUACAGUAUUGCCCUUAUAUGGAGAAAUCUAUAGCUUUUUAAACAUUAUGUAAACUAUCCCCAUACUGAUACAAACAUUAAUCCCGAAUAUUGUCAUUAGGAGAUAAAAACCUUGAUUUCAGACUUGUUGUCUCGAUCAAAACCUACUCUCCGUCAUUUUACCUGCAUGUACUCCACAAUAUGAUGUAAUAAAACCAUGGAAAGUAUUGCUUUAA